AUGCCCCUCCGCCGCCGUUCCCUCUCACGCCGCCGCUGCCCCUUACACGCUGUCCUCUCAAUACCCGCCGCUGCCACUACCCCCUGCAACCCCGUCGGCGUCACCGCUACCUCCUUUACCGCCGUUGCCGCCGCUACCUUCUUCGCCGCCGCCGUCGGUAGGCUCUUCACCGACGUCACCGCUACCCCCUUUACCGCCGCCGCCACCGCUACCUCCUUUACCGCGUCUAUCGCCGCCGCCACCGGGAUCCUCUCCACUGCCGCUGCCGCUACCCUCUUCACCGCCGCCGCCGUCGCUACCUUCUUCGCUGCCGCUGAAACCCCCUUCGAUGCCCUCUCUCUCCCGCCGGGAACGCGUUAUCUUCGCCAACCACCGCCGCUGCCGCCGCUACACCCUCCGCCGUCGCCGCUUCCCCCUUCACCGCCUCUGCCCUAUCCCUUCCAUCCGCCGCUACCCCUUUCACCACUUCCGCCGCCGCCACCUCCCCCACAGCCUCUAUAA